GGCGCUCUCUCCGGGGUGAUGUUUGAACACUCGGGUUAGGGAGCGAAAUCGAGUAAGUGAGAAUCCUCAGGAGUCUCUCUCCGACUCUAACUUCACUGGAGUGGAGUGAUACUUUAUCAGUUCGAUAGUUUCACCCGGGUUUUCGGGCUUUUUCUGCGGGUUCCCCAUCUGACCGAGGGGAAGGUGGAGUGAAACGGCAAAGCUUUUAGCGGAGUGAGUGGAGAGGGACUCUAACACUACUUAAACUCAUGAAUACUCUUGCUUUGCAUAGUUACAUCCACGAGGUAAAACUGGUGAAGCACUGAAACUAUUCUGCAUAUAUAACAACUGACCAACCUGAACGUGUCUAAAACACACGAAGUGGGCCCGGUGCAGACUGGAGAAACGUUAGCUAGCUAGUUAGCCGGCUAGUUUGCUAAAAACAGAAAACUAAUGAACGAGGUAGCCCACGUCUAACUGCACUCACAGCUAAACCGAGUUUCAUGCGAAAGCCAUUGGAUUAACAUGUUCAAAUCACCAACCUGCAGCGUCAGUCGCGUUUAUUUACCAGUGUUAGUUAGGUAGAUGCUUUCAUUAACAUUUAGCUUAGCAAGCAGGUUAACCUAACUGGCUAACCUAAGAGUAUCAGCCAUGCAGUAAGAUAAGAUAAUGUAAGUUACUCGGGUGGUUGUAAGCUGCUACCGUGGAAGUGAAUAUGGACGCUGCAGUUUUUCUGCCGAGGAAGCCUAAAUAAGACAGCUGAGUUUAAACGUCCUGGCGACAUAGGUUACCUGGAUGGACUUUGCUAGCCAGUCUAAAUCCCAUCAAUGGUGUCAACAUCAUCCUCCGUGUGUUUGGAUCAGUCUUCUGUCCUGCGCCCCCUAGCGACAAAACGGCGAAUAAAGAACGCCUGCACUGCUUUAGGCUUCAGGACAAGGGGGAUAACCUCCAAUGACUUCGGUACACUACUAGGAGAAAAUCUCAAGAUUCUCAAAAAUAUCAUUCUCCAGGAUGGUGCACAUUUCACCAAGGUGUGGACAAAAUCUUCCAAGUCCCUCAUCUCUUAUGAAAGUGGAAGGAUAUACUUUGAGAAUUACAGGAACUGCUACAGCAGCCUGACACCCGAGCCGCAGCUCUUGUAUGAGUUACCAAGGCGGUCCAAAACUGAAAAGAUCGAGGACUCCUUAUUAUGCCAGUGUCCUCUUGAUAAGGUGCUCCCACAUGCCUCAGAGCAGAAGCCCUGUCUGCUGGCCUUAACGGCCAAUAACUGGCUGUAUCGCCUCUCAGCAGACACAGGAGAAACGCUACAAAGAGUCUACCUCUCACCUCAUUUCAGAUUCAGAUCUCUGGGCUGGGAUAUUCCACAGGAAACAUUUUAUGUCAAAUCCAUUCAGCAGAAACAGACACCAUUAGCACGACAGGCUGGCGUUGAUAAUAACGUCUUCAUGCAUUUAGCCAUAUUCAGAGUAUUUCCUCUUGAUGUUGUAGGACUGUUGGAGAUCAGCAAAAAAGUCUUUGGGAAAUCUGUGGUUGAUGUGCUCCUGUCCCAAGGAGUCUUGGUAGUGUCGCACAACACCAAAUGUGUAAAGCUUUACAGCUUUGAAUACAUUAUGAAGCAGUUCAGGACUAAGGAGCUGGUUUUGGGACAGCAGUGUGAUUUGUAUGAUGCAAGAGGAAUAGUGGGAAAUGCACCAUAUGGCAUUCCAGUGAACAUUCAGAUCAAAGAGUGUCCUCCUGUGCUGUUCGAGAUGUCAUACUUUGAUAAUGGGAUCCAGAUUGGCGGCCAUCCAUGGCACUACAUCUACACACCUAACCAUAAGAGAGACAGGGGAACUCACCACAUUUGCUCAGUCAGAGAUGGUGCCCUGGCAAAGAAUGGCAUACAAGACAUGAAGUGUGACUCGCUGGAGGCAGAUUGGAUUUUCUUCCACCCUGAUGACUCAGGCAGGAUCAUCCACGCUGGACCCAGCACCAUAAAUGUUCUAAGGAUCAGAGAAGAAACCGGAUUCAACUUGCACUAUGAGGUGGUCCAUGAUUUCUCUAUCACUACAUCUCGAGACAGGAGGGCCUCCUCCCAAGUGAUGGUGACCUCCUCUGGCCGCACUGUGAAGAGGAGAUUUCAACACCUGGAUGAUGAUCCUGAAAAAGAGACAUUUAAGAUGGCUAAGUAUGAGGAUGAGCUGGAUCUCUUGGCUAUUGUGGAUGUGAGUCCCACAGAGGAGGGUGUGGGACAGGCCAGUGUUCGACUCCAUGAUAACAAAAGUGGAGUAUUAAUGAAGAGAAUUGCCCUUGAGGAACCGUGGGAUGUGACCUACAGUCAUGAAAUCUACUUUGACAGAGACACAGUCAUCCACAUUGAACAAGAGAGAAACAACAACUUUAGCUGCCAUGUUUACAAGAUGAACCGAAGGAAGAACUUAAGAUGACACUGCCAAAUAUGUAUAAUUCAUCUAGACUUUUAAAGUACUCACAUUUCAGCAGGAAAAUAGUUUGUAAUAGGAUGUUAAAGCUAAUAAUAAUGGGUUGUUUGUUUUUUUUUACCAUGUUUAAAAGACCAAAGUUUCAAUGUUUGAAUAAAACCAAGAGACGGAAUUAAAGUAUGAUUUCUGUUGAUGUGAAA